UGUAUUUGACAAGUGUGUUUUUCACCUCGUUGGAGAGAGGAGCACAGAGGAAAAAAAGUCAGCGAGAAGGAGCAGGGGAGGGGAAGAGAGAACCAGCGAGGGAAGGUGUGAAGCUGUGAGUGGGAAACAGAGAGCAAAGGGAAGAGAGCUGACAAAGACACAGGGAGAAGAAACUGAGAGAAGUCUGCCAGACUCAAGAGGGAGUAAAGGAAAAACAGCAUAUCAAAGACCUGGCCAAACGCCCAUUUGAUGCCGGAGGAUCGUGUUUUGUCAGAGCCAUACAGGGAAACCUGCUCAUUCCACAUGGAGCCACAGAGGGUCACUUCAUACUGACCUGACACCGAUAGCACGGACAGAUAACACAGCACCAUGGAUUCUCCAAACAGCACUUAUGGCAACACGUCACAUGCUGCUCCUCACAGCCUUUGGGAGGUUAUAACCAUUGCUACUGUGUCAGCCAUUGUCAGCUUGAUAACUAUAGUUGGCAAUGUGCUGGUGAUGCUUUCUUUCAAAGUAAACAGCCAGCUGAAGACUGUUAACAACUACUACCUGCUGAGUUUGGCGUUUGCUGACCUCAUCAUAGGAGUGCUGUCCAUGAACUUGUACACCACAUAUAUACUGAUGGGUUACUGGUCCUUGGGGAACCUAGCAUGUGACCUCUGGCUUGCAGUGGAUUAUGUAGCCAGCAAUGCUUCAGUUAUGAACUUACUUGUCAUCAGCUUUGACAGGUACUUCUCCAUCACAAGGCCACUGACUUACAGGGCAAAGAGGACUCCAAAGAGAGCUGCCAUCAUGAUAGGCCUUGCAUGGCUGGUGUCAUUUGUCCUCUGGGCACCACCCAUUCUGUGCUGGCAGUACUUUACAGGAGAGAAAACAGGAGAAAAGAAGGAGGAGGAGAGAGACCAGUGUCAGAUACAGUUUUUAACUGAGCCUGUGAUCACAUUUGGGACAGCAAUUGCUGCUUUUUACAUCCCAGUCUCUGUUAUGACUAUCCUAUACUGUAGAAUUUACAAGGAGACGCAGAAACGCACCAAAGAUCUGGCAGAGCUGCAAGGGCUCGCAACAGAAAAUGUUCCAGAGGGGACUAAACCACAGAAAACUAUUAUUCAUUCUUGCUUUCAUUUCACCAGAGAGAGGAGAGACCGGAGUCAGGCCUCCUGGUCCUCGUCCAACCAAAGUAACACCACAAAGACAACCACUAGGUCAGAUGAUGCGUGGGCAAAAGCAGAUCAGAUCACUUCCUUUAACAGCUACACCUCAUCUGAGGAGGAGGAGCAUCACGUUUCAAUAGAAACCCCACAGGGAUCUUUCAAAGAGCAAGGUAGCGGGCAAAGUAAUAAGAAUGGGCAGGUGACUGACUUUACAGAAGAUCAGUAUUUUUCCACUCCUCUAAAGAAAACCAGUAAAAAGUGCAUCUCUUAUAAGUUCAAACCUGGCUCAAAGGGUAAAAACGGAAAUCCUACACCUGCAACACCCUGCCCCUCAGAGGCAGAGCAGCCUGCCAAAAAUGCCUCCCCAUCCUCCUCCUCCACCACCUCCAAGCCCAUGGACCCCGCGCUGAAGAACCAGAUCACCAAGAGGAAGAGGAUGGUGCUGGUGAAGGAGAAGAAGGCAGCCCAGACUCUCAGUGCCAUCCUCCUGGCCUUCAUCCUCACAUGGACGCCGUACAACAUCAUGGUGCUCAUCUCCACUUUCUGCACCGAGUGCAUCCCUAUGUCCCUCUGGCACCUGGGCUACUGGCUGUGCUACGUCAACAGCACCAUCAACCCCAUGUGCUACGCCCUCUGCAACAAGACCUUCCAGAAGACCUUCCGCAUGCUUCUGCUCUGCCAGUGGAGGAGGAGGAGGAGAGGCGAGGACAAGCUGUACUGGUGCGGACAAAACGCAAAUGUCAACAAUAAAAUGACUUGAUGUGGCACUGCAAUAUUAUCACCGACUUUUGCCCACAUGUGGGCUUCUCUUGAUAUAUGCGGUAGUCGGUGGUCAUCUUCAGCAUGAAGUGCUGCAUGUGAUUUUUGUGUUAAAGUACGUGUUGGUGGAAAAUGUGCCGAGCCUGAUGCAGCACUUAAACUGCUGCUCCAGAUUAUUACAGAAAAGGAACCAAAUGAAGCUGGCAACACAUUCUUACAAAGGUUAAAGGUUAAAGAAUAGGUUCAGAUGAUUUCUGUUGAUGAGGUCUAUUUUUAAAAGGGAACCCUGGAGUGUGGAGUUAGACGGAAGUGACAAGGAAGAACAAUUCAUGGAAUUAAGAAGACGAUAUCUUUGGUUCUACUUCAUUAAUUUUUAUCCUUUUUUUUUUAAAAAUUGUCCAUCCUGAGUCCAACAACUUUACCGGAGUGCAAUGCUAAAUAGGUGGAGUACUCUUUCAAUACAAUACCUACAUGCAGAUAUGUACAUUUAAAGUGUUAGUGGUUGCUGUAAUGAUUCCUCUCUAUACUGGUCAUUGAGAGUCAUCCCCUCCUGAGUUUAAGAGAUCAGGGUCCAAAUCUUCAGUCCUUGUUCUGUGCAAAAAUGCAUUUUAAAGAUAAGCCAAAGCUAAUAUGAGGUGUUUCUUCUAUUUUUUAUUUUUGAGACAAACCAUGACAUGCACACCACAUUACAAAAUAUCGUAAAACACACACAGUAUAAACAUUAACAUAAAUAUAGGGGUUAGUGUGUGGCAAGAUAAAAUGUCCAUAUCCUUCUUCCUACAUCAAAUCGUAUUUUGUAUUUGUCCUGUUUUUUCUAAUUUUGACCUUAUAGGGAUUCAUCAUUCACUAUGAUUUCAUCAGAGGUCAUACGCCACCUGCUUCUUUGCUAAUCCGUCCAUAUGCAGAGACUAUAAAAGGAAUUCAGCCCCUUUGGAAGUUUUUGUGACAUUUUGUGUCUUUUUUUUCCACUCAUCAAUAGAAAUCUACUCUUUAAUAUCAUAGAAUAGAUUUCUAUAAAGUGAUUUAAAUUAAUGCCAGAUAUAAAUGAAGUUUCCAAAGCAGCUGAAUACUUUCCUAAGCAGUGUAUUCUUUGAGACAGAUACUGCAACAGUCCCCUUUCUGUUUUCCAGUUCAAUAAGAUUGUCCAUUUUACCUCCAGAAACACUGAUGCAAUACUGUUUUGCUUUACAUUCACAAGUAGUUUUCCAAGUAAACACAGCGCUGGUGUGUGUAUGCGCAUGUUUUUUUCUGGUGGGUUCCCUAGUACAUGAAAUGAUCCACGUCUGUUUCUGUUACCUUCUUGAAACGUUCAAUAAAAUGUUCAUCAUAAACAAAACAAGAAAAGAAAACACUGAUGACAGGAAAUUUACACAUUUCUGGUGUUAGAUAUAGAAUCAUCAGCAACCCAAAGAGUGAGUUUGACACUAAUGACACAUAACUCUGGAACAUACCAACUAGAGCUGGUUGCUGAAGUCUCAUCUUAACUUUGCCUGGACUUCUCUUUGAACUUUAUUUUGAACUUUUAGAACAAACACAUAGAAAAACACACAAGAGCUAACUACACACAGACUCCCACCAUGAUACAUGAUACAACACGCAAUUUAAAAAAAACUAAACUAAACAUCGACAAAACAAACAAACAAGGUUUUCAGAAUAGCAAGUAAUUGUCGGUGCAUGCCCAGACAUUCAGUGUCCAUUGCCGCCAUGAUGGAUAUGUCCAUACAGGCUGGAACUGGCCGUACGUUGUUACAGUCUGCAAAUGUUAUUUAAAUAUGAUUCAAAUACUUGAGCAGUUAAAAAUAAAGUUUAAAAUGAGAGACAUCCUAGAUAAAUCAACACAUACUUCUUAGUUGCACCAAUUUGCUUUCUGAUAUGAUCAAUAAAGGGACCCUAUUCUUCACAAACUUACAGUAGGAGUCAGAUGCAGAGAACCUAAUCUCCAAAUAAAAAUAGGAAACAGCAUCAUUGAGCCACUUUUAAAACCCAGAGGGGAGCUGGAUCUCCAUUCUCUCGAAAUAACCCUUUUAGCUACCAUACUCAACAUUUCAGCCUGCUGAGGCUCAUAGGACAAUUUUAGAAAUCCAAAACAGCAAGUGCCUGAACUUUAAAAUGCUUUUUCUUUUUUUUUUGCACAGAACUGUUGAUUCAGUCCCUCAACUCUUACACUCCAUGAUUACAGAGACUGGUAAGAACGCACUUUUAAUGCACAUAAUGUAUUAGCAUUAGUAAAAUCCCUGAACCUGUCCUUUAACCCUCAUCUUAUCCUCCUUUAUUGUAAUGCUCACCCCCACUGUAUAUAAAAGACAUAAAUGUAGGCUUACACAUUCAAAAAUAAUUUAGAGUAUACAGAACACAUUUCACUGAUUCUGUUGGAUUUUACACCUCACAAAUUGUAAAUGUAAAUUGAUUAGUAUAUAUAUCAGUGUUUAGUGAAUGUUUCUUCUUGUUUUCCUUCUUGGCUCUUGCUAUUGAUAUUUGAUCAAGGGCUAAUCUGUACAUUUCUGUGCAAUGACUGCAUUAGUUUCAGAGUGGUAAUAUGACGUCAGAUUGAUUAUGGAUCACACCUCUAUUAUUGUCAAUAUUCAUAUUACUGCAAAAAAAAAAAAAGAAAAAGAAGAAAAAACUUGGACAGAUGGUAUUUGAAGCCUGACUCCCACCAUGUCUCUCUGAUGGAUGAGUGAUGCUGUUGUAAAUUACUGCACUUUUAUGUUGUUAAUGAUGUAAUGUCAAAUGUAUCUCCCUAAACUCUGUGCCUUUUGUUCUGCUCAGAGGCAAAAGUGCUUUGUGAAUGGAUCAGUGCUCAUUGUCCAUGUGUGCAGUGUUGUGACAGUGAGUCUGUGUGUACUGAUAUGAACAGUGAAAUACAAAUUCAAA